AUGCUGGAGUUGAUGAACAUUGCUGAUGCUUCUCUUUCAGUAAUUUUAACAUCUGGGACUCUAUCACCAAUGAGUUCCUUCCAUUCUGAACUUGGGGUUCAAUUCGGAACAUCUCUUGAAGCUCCUCAUGUUAUCAACGUGGAGUCACAGUAUGAUGUUUUUGUCGUGCAAGAUGCACUUCGAACAUCCCUUGAAGAAAUAUGCAAAGUUGUCCCUAGUGGGUGUUUGGAGUUCUUCCCUAGUUAUAAACUUAUGGACAAAUUAUGCAGUCGUUAG